AUGAAGACCCUUGCUCUGCCCCUGCUGGUGGCCCUGCUGUGCACACAGAGAGCUCAGGGUCUUCGCUGCUACCAGUGCUAUGCGGCCCCAUACCUGGGCCCCUGCCGUGAAGAAACGUGCGACUACCCGGCCGGGGUCUGCGUCUCCCAGGAGGUGAUCAUCUCCUUGAACUCUGAGGAAAUAAAGGCCGAGAACAAGCUGUGCCUUCCGUCCUGCCCCAGGAACAACCUGCCCCUUCUGGGUGACCACCAAGCAGGCAUGAAGGUGGACACCACUGUCUCCUGCUGUAACACGGACCUCUGCAACAGGGCGGGCCAGCCGCUGGCGGGGGGCCUCCUGCUCGGCCUGGGGCUGGCCCUCCUCCAGGCCCUGCUCUGGUGA